AUGUCUAUGGACUUAUCAAAUUUUAAAGAUGAAAAAAUUAAUGAGGGUAUACGCAUUGGGGAUCGCAUUAUGUCAUUCAACAUCUCCAAUUAUAUGGAAGCUCAUAAGAUUAAAACAGUUCGAGUAUACCUGAGAACGAAAAAACUAUCUAUAGAUCUGGAUAGUGACGGUGAAAUGCAGGAUGGACCAUUUGACAGCAUGUCUCAGCUUCAGGUUAGUGAAUUAUGUUGCUUGAAAAACUCAUUCUUUUGCAAAGAAAGUAUGUUCUCAUUGUUUUGGUUAGAGCAUUCCCAUGCAUCAUUGCACAACAUCAUUUUGGGAGCGAAUUUGAGGGACGAGGGAAGAGUCUGAGACUCCGGUUCAUAUCUAAUUAUGUAAUGCAUCAUUAUACUAACUGGUAGCCAAAAAAAUACAUGUGGAGUUUUUCGUGAACCCAGUGAAGCGUUUGAUAUUGAUCAUGUACAUGUAUUUUGAAUUACUUUUGGGGAACUAUAAAAUCAUUCUGAUUACUAGGGAAUUGAUAUUCAUGUGUAUUUUUUCUACUUUCACAAGUACAGUCUCCAAUAAAUCAGCCCUUGUCAUAUUUCUUGAUGUAUUUUAUAUGAACAUGCAACAGCUGGACUGCUAUAACUUCUGUGAAGGCACAAAUAAAAUGUUGUUAUUGUUAUUUAAGGAGGAUACAGCACAGCAACAAAGCCCACAAACGUUUUCAUUAAUUGGAUCAUCAGAAGAUCGAAAGACUUUAAAGGAGAAACAAGAUGAAGAAUAUCAGAUGUCACUGGAAAUGGAUAAAAAAAAACCACUGAUAAUGAACAUUGUGAAAUACGUGAUAAAGAGCUUAAAGAGCAACUUCAAGAUGCACGUAAAGCAAGAGUGA